UUGUCUCCGGAGCCACGCAGAGCUCCCGACAGCUCCCGCGCGGAAGGCCCCUUACGGACUUCCUUGUCUCCUCUUCACCUGGGGAAGGUGGGCUUCUUUCUGCCGUUGGAGGCGCCGGGGCCGGUGUACCUAAGGGUUCAGGCUCUCCGUCCGAGCGUGCACCUGGGAGCCCGGGAGUCGCACGGACCUUGCUCUUUUCUGACAUUGUCCCACCUAAGUCCGCGACUCUUCCACGUUUCCAAUUCUGUUCAUUGGAAGACUGGUCCUGGAGACCGCACGCUUAUUUGACCUGCGGCACGGAAUGCGGAGCGAAGUGCCAGACUUCUCAGGCCCCAGCCCUUGGAGACACCGCCACCGGGACUGGACGUGGAGCGGUGUCGGACCCAACUGCCGUCAGAUGGAUGGCAUUUUCGGUUCAGCGUCUUUAGCCUGGAUUUUGACUUAAUUCAACCUAAACAGCGUCUUGGAAUUUUAUUUUUUUCCAAAGCCUACGAGGUGCGUACUCAACCUCGGAUCCGGCGACUGUGUGGGUCCCGCGAAGGGAAUUCGCAUUGGAGAGGGAGCCCGGUGUCACCUAAAGAGGGAGCCGGGCGCCGUGAGGGUGGGGAAAUCCUUCAGGUCCAGCCAGCGGUGGGACACACUACCUCGCGGGCUCGCCUCACACCUGGCUCAGACCUUAGGCAGUCGUAGCUGUGACUGGCGGACUGAGGCGGAAAACCCGCUGGCCUCCACCACGGCGGGUCUGGAUUGGCUUCGGACACAGUCGCUUUUCUGUAGUCCAAACCUAGAGCCGCUUAGUGAUAAAUCCCGCCUUAAAAGGCGUUUGAUAACAGUUUUACGUCUUGUAAGGCAUACGGUGAUUGGUUGCAGGGCUCACGGAUUCGCUCGGUAGUAAACACAGCAAGGCUCCUGGGACCGCGGAUUGGUCAGUGUUCCCGGGGCCGAGUAAAUUCCGCCGGAUUCCGCGCGCCGGCUGGCGGCACAUCUACCCUGGCCCCGCCCCUUCCGCUUCUGAUUGGUUGUAGCGCGCCCGGAGGGGAGGAGGAAAGCCGCGGAGUAGGCGAUCUCGUGUUGCGUCACUUCCGUUUACUGUGGGCAGCUGCCGCGGUAUUUUGAGUGCGGCGGCGAACGGGCUGAAGGAGCAGGGGGACGAGAGGCGGGGUGGGCGGAAGGGGGAGGAAAUCCCAUCACGGGCGCCAGCCUGGACGUUCCCGCCUCCUCCAACACUGUCGGGUCCGAUCGGAGAAGGGUCACCGCCUCCUCCAGCGAGAAGGGGGGCGGAGUCCAGCUCAGGAUCAUGGAUUUUCCUGGGCACUUUGAACAGAUCUUCCAGCAGCUGAACUACCAGAGACUUCAUGGCCAGCUCUGUGAUUGUGUCAUUGUAGUGGGGAACAGACAUUUCAAAGCCCACCGCUCAGUACUAGCAGCAUGCAGUACACAUUUCCGAGCCCUGUUCUCUGUGGCAGAGGGAGAUCAGACCAUGAACAUGAUCCAGUUGGAUAGCGAGGUAGUGACAGCAGAGGCCUUUGCCGCACUGAUUGACAUGAUGUAUACCUCCACCCUCAUGCUGGGGGAGAGCAACGUUAUGGAUGUCUUAUUGGCAGCCUCUCACCUGCACUUGAACUCUGUUGUUAAGGCAUGUAAACAUUACCUAACGACAAGGACGCUGCCCAUGUCUCCCCCCAGUGAGCGUGUUCAGGAGCAGAGUGCCCGCAUGCAGCGCUCCUUUAUGCUGCAGCAGCUGGGACUGAGCAUCGUGAGCUCAGCCCUCAAUUCCAGCCAGAGUGGUGAGGAGCAGCCGGCCCCCAUGAGCUCCUCGAUGCGCAGUAACCUGGACCAGCGGACACCCUUCCCCAUGAGACGGCUGCAUAAGCGCAAGCAGUCUGCAGAGGAGCGGGCCAGACAGCGGCUCCGACCCGCCCUGGAUGAGUCUGCCAUCUCCGACGUUACGCCAGAGAAUGGGCCGGGGGUUCAUUCUCGGGAGGAGUUCUUUUCACCAGAUUCUCUGAAGAUCGUGGAUAACCCUAAAGCUGACGGGAUGACCGACACCCAGGACGACAGUGCCAUCAUGUUUGACCGGCCCUUUGGUGCUCAAGAAGAUGCCCAGGUGCCCAGCCAGUCCGACAACAGCGCCGGCAACGUGACCCAGCUCUCCAUGGCCUCCCGCGCCACUCAGGUCGAGGCUAGUUUUGAGCAGGAAGCCACAACUGAGAAAAGUGGUUUUCAGUGCGAAAACCCUGAGGCUGGCCUUAGUGAGAAGGAGCACAUGAGAGUGGUGGUUAAAUCUGAGCCCCUGAGCUCUCCUGAGCCUCAGGAUGAAGUGAGCGACGUGACCUCCCAAGCAGAAGGCAGCGAAUCGGUGGAGGUAGAGGGAGUGGUGGUCAGUGCCGAGAAGAUAGACCUCAGCCCCGAGAGCAGCGACCGGAGUUUUUCAGAUCCCCAGUCUAGCACUGACCGGGUAGGAGACAUCCAUAUUUUGGAAGUCACAAAUAACCUAGAACAUAAAUCCACUUUUAGCAUAUCAAAUUUUCUUAACAAGAGCAGAGGAAGUAACUUUAGUGCAAAUCAGAACAAUGAUGAUAAUAUCCCAAACACCACUAGUGACUGCAGGCUGGAGGGGGAGGCCCCUUAUUUGUUGAGUCCAGAGGCUGGGCCUGCAGGCGGGCCCUCCUCAGCCCCUGGCUCUCACGUGGAGAACCCGUUCAGCGAGCCCACAGAUGCCCACUUCGUCAGGCCUAUGCAGGAAGUGAUGGGCCUGCCAUGUGUGCAGACCUCAGGCUACCAAGGAGGAGAACAGUUUGGGAUGGAUUUUUCCAGGUCUGGUUUGGGGUUGCAUUCCUCCUUCUCCAGGGUAAUGAUGGGCUCCCCUAGAGGUGGAGCCAGUAACUUUCCAUACUACCGCCGCAUAGCUCCCAAAAUGCCAGUGGUAACAUCAGUCAGGAGCUCACAGAUCCCAGAGAACUCUGCCAGUUCCCAGCUAAUGAUGAACGCAGCCACAUCCUCAUUUGAAAAUGGCCACCCUUCGCAGCCCGGCCCCCCGCAGUUGACGAGGGCAUCUGCUGACGUCCUGUCAAAGUGCAAGAAGGCCUUAUCGGAGCACAACGUCUUAGUCGUAGAGGGGGCUCGCAAGUAUGCCUGCAAAAUCUGCUGCAAGACUUUCCUGACCUUGACAGAUUGCAAGAAGCACAUCCGUGUUCACACAGAUUUCGGGGGCUGGUCCAGCCUGACACAUCUCACCCAACGACAAACCCGUUGUCUGCUUCACUUCUUCACACUCAUGCCACAUAUGGCUUCUUUCCCGGGCCUAGAUUACUGUUUUCAGCAGAUGUCGGGGAGACGGCUGGAGGCUGUGGGACACCUGUGAGGUUCAGCUGUGUGUGGCGAAUUGUUAGCAGUCAUGCUCUGACUUGAUGUGAGGAGGCUCCACAUCCACCCCUCUGUGGGGACCAGUGACUCGUGAGAUUAACCCUGGGAGGCAGGUGGGUCAACGUGGAGAACGAGAGACACCCUGCCUGGCUUGGGAAGAGGAAUCGGUGGCACCAGGAGAGCAGUGGCAGCCCUCCUCCCCUUCCACCUUGAGGAGGAGGUGCCAGGAAGCCGCCCCCUCACCUGAGCUCCAGCCUAAACGGACUUGCUUCAGGGCCUAUCUCUUGACACAGCGGCUGGAGCCCUGCCUCUCCACUGCUAAGUGGAAUCUGGAAUCUCUCAUCUACCUCUUAGUCAAUCAGUUCCUACAUGUGAGAAGCAAGCCUGUGAGCCAGUGUUCUCGUACAUGCUGUAACACUUAAAAAAUAAUUCAGAGGUUCCCUGGAAAACCAGUCCCAGGGUUCCUACAAAUUGGUAGUUUCUACCUAAAUUUUAACCGGUAUUGGGUACCUGGAUUUGAUUGGUUAGCCUUAAUUAUAGCUUGGCAUAAUCAUAUCUGGUGACCAAAUCAUAAAGUUCUAUCGGGGCACCUGUGUCAGUGGUGCUAUGCUGGUCAAAAUUUGAGACUUUGAAAUAAAAAAUUUGUCAUAUUCUUGCCUCUAACUAAUUAUGUGUUCUUUUUCUUCGCCUUAGGUUAUUAAGGUUGAAAUAAAAAAGUGAAGUAGUAUUGCUUUCUCUGCUAACCCUGCUGUGACCAGUAGUUUUUUUUAAA